CGAGAUGCCGUUGCAGUUGGCGGCGGCGGCGGCACGGGCCUGGUUUCUGUGUCCGGGACUGAGCAGCGGGGAGAGCACAGCGGGACACUGGAGGAGGAGGGUGUGUGAGGAAGGAGGUGGUAGCUGGGCCGCACUGCGCCGUCACCAUGGAAACCAAGCUGCAGAAACGCAGUGAAAACAAGAAGCCGCUGAGGGUGAAGGUGAUCAGUUUGGGGAGCGCCGAGGUGGGCAAGAGCUGUAUAAUUAAACGAUACUGUGAGAAGAGGUUUGUCCCAAAAUAUUUGGCAACUAUUGGAAUUGACUAUGGAGUGACAAAAGUGCAGGUGAGGGAUCGAGAGAUUAAAGUUAACAUCUUUGAUAUGGCAGGUCAUCCUUUCUUCUAUGAGGUGCGCAAUGAAUUUUACAAAGACACUCAAGGAGUGAUCCUUGUUUAUGAUGUUGGCCUGAAGGAUUCCUUCGAUGCGCUGGAGGGCUGGCUUACUGAGAUGAAGCAGGAAUUGGGACCUCAUGGGAACAUGGAGAACAUUGUGUUCAUUGUCUGUGCUAAUAAGGUUGACUGUGGGAAACGGCGUAUGAUUGAUGAGAGUGAGGGACGGCUUUGGGCAGAGAGCCGAGGGUUCCAAUACUUUGAAACAUCGGCGCAGUCUGGAGAGGGCAUUAAUGAGAUGUUCCAGGCAUUCUUCUCAUCAAUUCUGGAUUUGUGUGAGAAUGGUAAACGGCCUCAGUCCAGUGUGAGCUUAGGGUUUACUAAGGAGCAGGCAGACACCAUCCGCAGGAUACGUAACAGCAAGGAUAGUUGGGAAAUGCUGGGAAUGAAGCCUGGAGCCUCCAGGGAUGAAGUAAACAAAGCCUACCGGAAGAUGGCCAUGCUGCUUCACCCAGACAAGUGCCUCGCGCCAGGGAGUGAAGAUGCCUUCAAAGCUGUCGUCAAUGCACGAACUGUGUUGCUGAAAAACAUCAAGUAGAAAAGGGGAGUACCAUCAAGGUCCACUUUGACUCUGACAACAGAGAUGAAAUUGUCCUCUGUCCAAACAGAGUAUUACACCAUCUGCAAUUCAGAUCUUGGUGGAAAUAAGGAUUCAGAAAAUGUGACUUAAUAAUUAGAUGUAUGUUGCAGGAUUAAUAAACCUGAACAUUAAAAUUUGGUGUAAUUCUUACACUUGCUAAUAUAAUCUUGCUCACUCUAAACACUAUGUAGAAGAAGGCAAGCUGCAGCAAUGUCGUUUAAAGGGAAAGAAGUUCAGAGAUGGUAGGCCACAUGUGAAGAGUAUUAAACAGGUCCACUGUUGAGGGAGGUAUGUAUUCUAGGUUGAGAGAUGGAGAAUGAAAGGAAAUUGAGAUGUGCUGAAUGUGAGACCUUCAAGAAGCACAAAUGAGCAUUGGAAUAAUAUUGUAUUACUUCUCACCCCCUUCACAUGUUAUCCUAAUUCAGGUGUCCUAUUUAACAGUUCCUCCCUUUAGUACACAAAGCUUCACUUCUCCUGUUCAAAGAGCCUCAACACUAUGUUUGUCUAGGUUUCAGCUUGUGGGUGCUUCUCAGCAUGCUGCAGUGACAGGUCUUAAUUUGUCUCAUACAUGCUGCUCAUAAUGGAAGACCAGAUGAGUUUUCUUGCGGUCAUCCACAUGAUUUUAUUUUCAGAAAUCCAUCUUCUUGGUGGGCAAUCACUGAGGCUAACUUAUAGUAUUUGGAGUGCAUCCACAACCAUCCGAAACAGAUACCUGCUGCAGGUUGUCAAAUCAAGUGUCACAAACUCUAUUUUCUACAACUGUCUUGAAUGAAGUUCGAGCCCUUCACCACUGAGCUGUUGGUCACUCACAUUUUCUGAAUCCUUAAUGUUUGCUGAAAGGCUCAUCAUCUUUCAUUUCUGGUCUGCUGGUUUAUGCCUUAGUAAUUACUGAAAAUUGAUUGUAUUGACUUAGGGGAUGUUCCUGCUUUGUCUUUUUUUAUUUCUGAAAGUACGUGGUGUUAUUGACCCUUGUUAAGGUGACACACCUCUCCUGCCGAGCAGGUGUGUUUGAUUCCGUCACCCUGCUAGGUAACAUUGUCCGUGCGCCUCCGGUGAAG